AUGAUAAAAUUGACAAGGAUUUUCUACAAGGACUUUGUCUCACCCCUGACUGUGAGGGAAUCAUUUCUAAGAUUAUCAUCUUCAGCAGUGGUGGACAAGUUAAGUGUGAACCUAGAGAAAUUAAGACUGAAAGAAGAAAAAAAAUUGAAGAGAAAGAUCCAGAAACAAGAAGCAAAAAAAUUAGCACAAGAACGAAUGCAAGAGGACUUAAAAGAAAGUAAUUUACCCAGAAUUGAAGAGCCAGAAGAAACUGUAGACACUGCUCAGAGCUGUCAGUUUCUUGAUGACAGAAUCCUGCAGUGCAUAAAGCAGAACGCCGACAGGAUUAAAGCUGGAGUAUUGAACACUUCUCCGCUUCUCAAAGAGCUGCUCUCCUGGAAGGUCCUGAGCACAGAAGACUACACAGCGUGUUUCUCCAGCAAGAAUUUCCUCCGUGAAGCUGUGGACUAUGUUAUCCAGCACUUGGUCCAAGAAAAGAGCAGAGUGCAGACACGAAUAUUUCUGCAUGUUUUGAGUGAACUUAAAGAGGUAGAUCCCAAGUUGGCUCCCUGGAUCCAGAGACUUAACAGUUUUGGCUUAGAUGCCACAGGACCGUUUUUUACUCGAUACGGAGCAUCUCUCAAGGAGCUUGAUUUUAGCGUCUUGACUUUCCUCUGGAAUGAGAAAUACGGUCAUAAGCUGGGUUCUAUAGAAGGAAAGCCUCUUGAUUUCUUCUGCGAGCCGGCAUCAGCAACCGAAGCACGCUGUCUGAUCUGGCUGCUGGAAACGCACAGGGACAGGUUCCCAGCCCUGCACAGCGCGCUGGAUGACUUCUUUGAUGUAAUGGAUAGCCGAUGUACCAUAUUAAGGAAACAGGACAGUGAUGAAAUGCCGUUUGGUUGUAUCAAGGUAAAAAACAAAGGCAAGAAAAAGAAGCCAAAAGAUUCAAAGCCAAUGUUAGUGGGGUCUGGAGCAGCAUCAGUAGCAGCAAGUCCUGACACCACCACUCCAGAAGACCAGAACAGGCGCAAUUCAGAUUCUGCAGGCCCAUUUGCAGUGCCUGACCACCUUCGGCAAGAUGUGGAAGAAUUUGAAGCUCUCUAUGACCAGCACAACAGCGAGUAUGUCGUCCGCAAUAAGAAGCUGUGGGACAUUAACCCCAAACAGAAGUGUUCGACUCUGUAUGAUUACUUCUCUCAGUUGCUGGAAGAGCACGGUCCCUUGGAUAUGAGUGACAGAAUGUUCUCUGAGGAGUAUGAGUUCUUCCCUGAAGAAACUCGACAGAUACUGGAGAAGGCAGGAGGGCUGAAGUCUUUCCUCCUGGGGUGUCCUCGCUUUGUGGUGAUUGACAACUGCAUUGCAUUGAAAAAAGUUGCCUCACGACUCAAGAAAAAAAGGAAGAAGAAAAACAUGAAAACUAAAGUUGAAGAAAUGUCAAAAACAGGAGAAUAUUUACGCGUUAACCUACCACUAAAUCCAAGCGCUAGAGAAUUUAAGCCAGAUGUGAAGUCUGCAGCAGUGCCUGAGGACAUUCAGUCCACACCAGGACCUGCCAAGGAGUCUUCGCAGCCAGCUGUCGAGGAUGUGAAGCCGCAGCUGGACUCUGAUAGCUCUUCUGGGUCUGCUUCAGAGGACAGCAGACUGGAAGUGGCGUCUCCUGACUCUGCCACACCCCUCUAUGAGGACGCGCCUCCUGGAGCAGCUGCUUCUUCCCCCACAGCAGCUGCUGAAGAUGCCAAACCAGCCUACUGGACUCGGUCACACAUGCUCACAGGGUUCUGCACAUACCUCCCUCUUCAAGGAUGUGACGUCAUCCAGUCGCGGCCGGCAUACAUUAGCAUGGCUCCCAGCCUGCCCCAGUUCGCUGGCAUUUACACACCUCUGGCCAGCAUCUCUGCUGAGUACCCCGUGCAGAGGUCCAUGCCAGUGGUGCCAUCUUUUGCCUCGGGCGACAGGGCAGAUAACAGUGCCACUGCAUACUUUGAAAGUCACAAUCUGAAUACUGAGAAUGACUCUGGUAAGCAGACUGCCUCUGAAACACAGAUGCCUGAGAGUUCUUUGGGGAUGUGUGUUAAGCCCCAGAGCAGCCCAGCUGAUGCUGACACCGCUCUGAGUGAGCCUGAAAGGAAGAGCAGCCGUGGUGGGAGCUCUGACAACGCGUGGGGAGCUUCUCUCGCAAGUGUCAGUGGAGUAACACACGUUCCUCACACACUAGCCGUGGGCGUACAGGCGUCCAGGAGCGUGAUUCAUCGGGAAGUUAAUACUGAGCCAUAUGAACCUUUUGAAACACAGCAGGGAGCCCUUUCCCAGGUUGAAAAGGAGUGUUGCCUGUUAAAAGAGCGGCUGAAGGCGGCAUGUGCAAGCUGUGAGCAGACUGAGCGCAGGAGCGCAGAGGAGCCCCAGGACCUGGAAGAGAAGCUGAGGAGGCAUGGGGAAGAAAGCAAGAUCUCAAAGACAGAGUUAGACUGGUUUCUUCAAGAUUUGGACAAAGAAAUUAAAAAGUGGCAACAAGAGAAAAAAGAAAUCCAAGAAAGAUUAAAAGCCCUGAAGAAAAAAAUUAAAAAGAUUGUAAAUACCAGUGAAAUGUCUGCCCAGAAAAAUGAUGGAUUAGAUAAGGAAUGUGAAUCACAUCUGGACCAGUCCCUUGGAAUCAGUAGUGCACUCACCGAUGAGAGGAUGAAAGUAGAAGAGUGUAUCAAAAAAGGGAAAGAGCGUUACGAAGAGAGUCGUCAGAGAGCUGUGGCUGCAGAGGUGUCUGUGCUUGAAAACUGGAAGGAACAAGAAGUAUGUAAAUUACAGGGUAUGGCAUCACAAGCAGAAGCCUAUCUCAAAAACCUCAAGCUGAUGAGCAGUGAUUCUGCAGCAUCUCCUGAGAUGGAGUGUGAUACACAUUCAUGGGAAUCAUUUCUUUCUAAUAUAAGAGAAGAAAUGGAGAACACAAAGUCUCAGUUUGAAGACCAAAUUAAGGCCAUUAAAAAUGGUUCUCGACUCAGUGAACUUUCCAAAGUGCAGAUUUCUGAGCUUUCAUUUCCUGCUUGUCUGAUGCUUCGCCCUCAGUUCCCCUCUGAGUCCUCGUGCCAUGAGGACCUCGGGCUGCUGGCCUCUGGAGACAGCGUGCCUGGAGCAGCCUACAAGGACUCUGACGUGGAGCCUGCUGGUGGCCACACAGAGGAGCUUCCUGAACUAUCGCCAGGCUCGCCCACCUGUUGGCCUGAAUAUGCGCAACAGUUAGAGCUCAAGAGGGCUAGCCAGGUGUCUCCAUCAGAACCAAGCCCUGAGGCUGAUGAGAAACCACCUGGGCAGGCUGCGUGGUCAAACCAGUCUCCAAAAAAGCCGUUCAACAGCAUUAUUGAACAUCUGUCAGUGAUAUUCCCCAGUUAUGCCAGCACUGAGCUUGCUGGUUUUAUUAAAAAAGUUCGAAACAGAAACAAGAACUCCCUCUCGGGAUUAAGCACUGAGGAGAUCGUUGAGAGAGUGACAGAACACAUUCUAGAGGAACAGAAAAAGAAGAAGCCAAAUCCAGGGAAAGACAGGAAGCCAUCCGAGGCUCACUCUGCUGCUGCUGUGGCCAGGUCCUCCCAGAGCCCACCCUUGGCAGCUGCUGGACUAGCGUCCAAAACCAAAGGCCAGAAGAAAGACGACAGCCCUGCACCAGAAGCAAAUUCUUGUGAGAUCUGCCAUGAAAUGUUCAAGUCAAAAAACAUGCGUAUGCUCAAGUGUGGGCACAAGUUUCACAAAGGGUGCUUUAAGCAGUGGCUUAAGGGGCAGAGCACAUGCCCAACCUGUGGCAGUGGGGACCUGCUGUUAGAAGAGUAAGCCGCCGAAGCGCCGGUGCCUCGCACGCGGGAGCCACCUUCCUGUUGCUGCAGGUCGUCUCUGCGCUAACGCACACACAACCACACUUGCUUGAGUGUCCUGUUGUCCAUGUCAAAGCAGCACUCGCGAGAGCUCUUACUUCGUGCAUCACAAGGCCAACAGAGUCAGUCUCUGCAGCUGUGUGCUCAGCGUCUCAGAGCCGUGCUCAAGUUGUGAAGAUGCUUACCCCUCCAGUUCUCACCUGGAACUGUAGAAUCCUCUUCAUGUGAUCCAAUUGUUCCACCUUUUGGAAAUCAUUUGAAAAACUUGGUUUGAAGACAGGGCUUCUCUGUGAGGCCUUGGCUGUUCUGGACUUUGUAGACCAGACUGGCCUUGAACUCCAGAGGUCUGCCUGCCUCUGCCUCCCAAGUGCUGGUGUUAAAGGUGUGCACCACCACCGGCUUUAUGAAAUAUUUUUUAAUUCCUAUCGGCUAAGAAUUUUUCUUCCCUUGGAAACAGGCUGUCUGUUCACAACAGGCCCACUUGACACACUAAGAUUCCUGUGCUGGUCUCAUGAGUAGUCAGCCAGUGCUUGCAAAUGUCCAGCCAGCUAGUGCUGAGCACAGGGGCACUGUGUAGGACCUGUCAGCAUCAUUCUCCUUCCUGGAUACUACCACCAAAAGAGGAGUAUGCCAGACAGUCCUGACGUGUUGCUGUUAGCAUUGUUCUGUGUUUGACGUUUGUGUAAAGUGAUGCAUGCGAUCCUUAUUAUCCUAAAACAAACUAACUGCAUUAGAAGCUGUUCAGAAGCCGUGUUUCUUAGUGACAUGUAGGCAGUGGCAGCUGCAGAAACAUCAACCCUGGAUACAUUCUCUCAAACAGGAAGAACAAAAAAGGUUUCCAGCGGCGUGUUCUCUGUUGCAUUGAAAAUGCGGUCACCUGUACCUGUGUCCGUGUGAGUUGUAGUGUCUUAGUGACUUUGUGUAUAGCUCGCUCCUUACUCUAAGACGUCCUCCAUGGUGAUCCCUGAAUCUUGGUCUACAUGUCCCCACAGUUGAAAGCAGUGCAUCUUAGGGUGCACAGGGCCAGUUUGUAGUAUCGGCUACAGAGAAGAGUAGCUCUUGAGAGAAUGAACUCCUGUGCUUCACUUCAGAGCCUGUGAACAUGCCUUACACCUGUCCAGUUCCUGUCAAUAAAGAACAUUCUGAAAGUUUA